CACGGAGCUCUUCUACACGGACCCGCACUGCCAGGCCAUAUUCCGCCGCGCGGUGGCCGCUCUCGUGAGCCGUGACAACACGGUCACAGGGGUGCCGUACGUUUCGGAUCCAGCAAUCCUGGGCUGGGAGCUUGCAAACGAGCCCCGCUGCGAGGGGCCCGGCGGGGCCGCAGUGCUGCAGGAGUGGGUGUCGUCCACCGCCGACUUUGUCCGCAGUGUGGAUCCCAACCACCUCAUCACCGUGGGCCUGGAGGGCUUCUACGGCCCCAGCACCCCAGACCUCCAAGAGCACAACCCCUACGAGUCCGCUGCCCGCCACGGCGCCGACUUCGCGGCGCUGUUCGAGCACCCCUCCCUGGACUUUGCAUGCAUCCACCUGUACCCCGACCAGUGGUGUCCGCUGGAGGCCAGCAAGGAGCAGCUCAGGUCGUUCAUGCGCUCAUGGCUCCGAAGCCACGCCAGGCUGUGUGGGGGACCCAGUCUGCGCAAGCCCCUGGUGCUGUCAGAGUUUGGUAAGCGGGAGCCCACCAGCUACCACGGCCGCGACUGCUCAUACAACCUGGACCGCACGGAGGCGUUCCGGGAGGUGCUGGACAGCUGCAUGCAGCUGGCCGCGGGGGGCGGGCCGCUGGCGGGCGUGUGCGCGUGGAUGCUGGCGGCGCGGAAGUAC